CAUACAUUAGACGAUAGAUAAAUACUUCAUGCUUACUUAGUUUAAACACCAUUUGUAAGUUUUACCUGUUCUUUAUCUGAAAAAUACAAAUGGCGACUGGUAUAUUAGGACAACGUCAAUAUGUCUUAGGAAUUUUUAUUUUAUCUACUUUAACAGAUUGCUGUAAGUCUGAUGCAUGUUCUGAGGGUGAAGAUUGUUCUGACGACAACAAUGAAGAUAAUGAUAGCACUUUCUCUUCUGGAGAAUUUGCUGGUAUUAUAGCAGGAAGUAUUGUUGGCGCGUGUCUUUUCUUGAUUUGUGUUAUCUGUAUUUGUAAUGCAAUGAGGAGAAAUACUUCAUCUGAACAAGAGUAUUGUCGAGAUAAACCAGCAGUGGCAUCAGUGUCACAUAUAAGUAAUAGACAUACAACAGAGACUCCAAGACCAAUUCAAGAGAAUGGAGGCUAUAUAAACACUGGAUUUGUCAUGGAACCCACAGCACCACCGUACACUGAUUUUAAUUCUGCUCCACCUUCUUAUGAGGACGCUGUUAAUGGAGAUUUUUGUAAAUAAGCGUCGAAUGAGUAGACCCAUACAUGUACUUCCUGUGAGGAAGGUUAUAACCGAUGACAAAAGUCGAUAUCUACAUAUAUAUAACAAGAACUUGAUAUAUAAAUGCAAAUCGACAUGCUAGACACUAACAUCUACUUGUCACCAUGCAUAGACAACACACAUGUUCUACUGCGCCUACUGCACAGCCGUCAUUGAGUGGACAGGAAGCGCAUAAUGUGCAAAAAUCAAGUAUAAUCAACACAAAAACCAUUAUACUGGGCAUAAAAAUAUACAAAGGCUACGGCGCGUAUAGACUUAAGAUAAUUAGAUAAACUUCACCUUGGAAUACGUCAUACCAUAUAUAGAUCCAUUGUUGUUGGAGGAGUAAUACAUGUAUUAAAGAUUAUUGUCUGAUUAGGAAAUACUUUUCAUGGCAUACUCUAUAUAAAAAAGGAGACGUGAUAUGAUUGCAGGUAGACAACUACAUGUAUCCACCAAUGUUCAACUGCUCAUUUUAACAGAAGUAGGAUUACAUAUGUUGUUAUUUUUUCAUUAAAAUUUAGCACGCUAGAAUGACCUUGUGUACAACUAUUGUAAAACACACCAUGACUUACGUUUUUUUUUAUUCAAAUAGUUUAAAACAGAACUAUAUUUUAAUCGAAACAGACAUAAAACACGUUCGAAAGCCAGUCCUUUUGAUUUAACGAA